ACCCAGAUUUUAAAGAGGGAGAAAGAAAAAAAAAAAUCUCCCAUCUUGUGGUUUUUCUCUCCCUUCCUAUAAGUAUGCUCUCAAAUAUCGAAAUCCAGUUGGACUACUUUCGGUCUUCACCAUUCCAUGAAACCAUGGCGCCAUGCAUUGCGUCGAUUCGCAAGGCAUCUUGGUUUCUUAAAACAUUUUAGUUACCGUCUAUCCCAUUACCCUUCAGUUUCCUUCUAUCAAAAUCACAACAAAGUAAGAGAAGAGCAACCCCCUCUGUCCUCGCUUCGUCCUCCAACCAGAAGGGAAAGGAAAGAACCUUCAAUCUUCUUUCUUGUGGAACUUCCUGUUUCUUGUCUCUUGACCAAGAAAAUCGCGUCCAAAACACGAACAGAGCAUCUAUCGUCCUUUUUCAAUAAUCUUUUCACCUUACCUGCGAAAGAGGAAGAACCCACUUCGAUUUUUUCCGUUUAGAAGAAAACCCAGAUCUUCAUUUCCUUGGUUUUCCAUGUUCUUGCAAUCGUACCAAGCGUCCAACCAUCCGUUAAUGGCGGAAAUUGCUAGCAGGAACUUCGAGAAUCCAAUUCCCGGCUUUUCUCUGCUACAAGAACACCAGAGCCUCCCUUCGAAUAUUUCUACCUUCCUGAAUCCAGGCGUGAAUCCUAUCGUGGAAACCACGGUCAUUGGCACCAUCAACUCCGGCAGCUCUGCGGCGAAGAAGAAGCGGGGAAGGGACGACUUCUCGUCGUGCUUCGACCGGGAAAUGUCGGUCAAAGUCCAGAAGCAGUGCCUGGAGCUCGACCGAUUUCUCGCCCUCCACGCGGAGAAUGUGCGGGCGGAGCUGGAGGCGAGGAGGAGGAGCUACUGGAGGCAGGUGGCGGCAGCGGUGGAGGCGCGGGUGCAGCGGAUGCUGAGAGGGAAGGACGAGGAGAUCGAGAGCAUAAGCCGGCGGAACAGCGCGCUGGAAGAGAGGAUGAGGGAGCUGCUGGUCGAGGGGCAGCUGUGGCGCAGCCUCGCCCAGGCCAACGAGGCCACCGUCGUGUCGCUGCACCGGGAGCUGGAGCUGCUGUUGCUCGCCCCUGCCAACGACGUCGGGCCUUCGCUCGAGGAGGGCCAGGGAGACAACGGCGACGUCUACUGCGAGACCAGCGCUUCCUCCGCCGGCGCUCGGGAAGAGAAGGAAGAUGGUGACGGUGGGGCGCCUUCGAGCAGCUGCUGCCACAGAAGGGGAGGCGACUUGCAGGGGGAGAAGGAGGGAGGGGGAGGCGUAUGUUGGUGCAAGGGGUGCGGGAGCAAGGAGGUGAGCGUGCUGCUGCUGCCGUGCAGGCACCUCUGCCUGUGUGCUGCGUGCGAGCCGGCUUCCGAGGCGUGCCCGCUCUGCCUCUGCCCCAAGACUGCCACUCUACAAGUCUACGUGACCUGAGCCCUGCCCUGCCCUGUCUCUGCUCGUUCAGAGCAUAAGAUUCGUUCUUCGUUCCUAUUCAUUGUAGUUAGAAUUGGAUAAAUGGUACCUUCACCAACUCUCUUUCUCUAUACGGACACAAGAAAAUUUGAAAGAUGAGUGUUAA